AUUGUGAUGGUGAUCUAAAUUGUUUUUAAAAAUAUAAAACAGUGACGGUGAAACAACAAUACAAUAUGGGUACUAACAAAGAUUCCUUUUUAAAAGAAACUAAAAUUUUGUAUAGGACAAUCACACUCGCGUAUUCAGCUAAUUUCAACAAAUCAAAUAAUGGAUGUAAACAUAUUACGUUAUAUUCUAAUUUGUAAUUCAAUCACAAUUGGAUCGUUAUCGUUAUUAAUUAUUUAUAUGGAACCUUAUUUACCUAAUGCGUUGAUACGCUUUGUUGUCUAUGGAAAGAUAAACAUAAAGGCUAACGCUAACUAUCCCAUAAUAACAAAAAUCGAAAUGCCCAAGAAAUAUUUUGGACAAGCUUAUCCAAUUACUGGAACAAUAAUGAUUAUUUUAUUUUAUUUGGCUUUAAAUAAAUAUUUCUAUAAUGGAAAUAUUCCCGAAAGUUUGCUUUUAUUAUUGGAUAUAUUAUUAGGGGCAUCAAGAAAACCCUUAGUAUCUGCGGAAAGCACAAUUUUAGCAAUUGUUUUGUUUUCCAUACAUUGCUGGAAAAGAGCAUAUGAAACAUAUUAUGUUUGCGUAUUUAGUAACCAAAAAAUAAAUGUGUUUCAUUAUAUACUUACAUUUUUGCAUUACUCAACGUUAAUGUUAUCCCUGAUAGGAGAAUCAGAAGGAUUUGUCGAAGGUUCACGUACGAGUAUUUUCUUGUAUAAAUUAACAAAUAUGCAAUUGAUAUGUGCAUUUAUAUUUUUAUGGUCAACAUAUAUGCAACUUAGAACGAAUUUUGUUCUUGCGGGAUUGCGUAAGAAUCAGCAUGGCGUCGUCAUAAGCAAAGAACACAAGAUACCAGUUGGUGAAUUAUUCAAUUACAUAUCGAAUCCAUUACAAUUUACGGAAAUAUUGUUAUACCUAACGGUAUCCGCGAUACUUUGGCAAGCUUCUACAUUUCAUUAUAUUACCAUUUUCGUCAUAGUGAAUCAG